GAUCCCGGCCCCGGCCCCGGCCCGGCCGCGGGGAGCCCGGCGGAGCAGAGCCCCCCGGGGCUGGAAGGGGAGCCUCGCCGCGGCGCCUACACCGCCUUCAUGAAGUCCCACCGCUGCUACGACCUCAUCCCCACCAGCUCCAAGCUCGUCGUCUUCGACACUUCCCUGCAGGUGAAGAAGGCUUUCUUCGCGCUGGUCACCAACGGCGUGCGGGCUGCCCCGCUGUGGGACAGCAAGAAGCAGAGUUUUGUGGGCAUGCUGACCAUCACCGACUUCAUCAACAUCCUGCACCGCUACUACAAGUCACCCAUGGUGCAGAUCUACGAGCUGGAGGAGCACAAGAUAGAGACAUGGAGAGAAGUCUACCUGCAGGACUCCUUCAAGCCGCUGGUCUGCAUCUCCCCCAACGCCAGCCUCUUCGACGCCGUCUCCUCGCUGAUCCGCAACAAGAUCCACCGCCUGCCCGUCAUCGACCCCGACUCCGGGAACACGCUCUACAUCCUCACCCACAAGCGCAUCCUCAAGUUCCUCAAACUCUUCAUAGCGGAGGUCCCCAAGCCCGAGUUCAUGGCCAAGACGCUGGAGGAGCUGCGGAUCGGCACCUACGACAACAUCGCCGUGGUGCGGACCAGCACCCCCAUCUACGUGGCGCUGGGCAUCUUCGUUCAGCACCGCGUGUCUGCCCUGCCGGUCGUCGAUGAUUCGGGGCGGGUGGUGGACAUCUACUCCAAAUUCGACGUUAUCAACCUGGCGGCCGAGAAGACGUACAACAACCUGGACGUGACGGUGACGCGGGCGCUGCAGCACCGCUCCCACUACUUCGAGGGCGUCCUCAAGUGCUACAAGCACGAGACGCUGGAAACCAUCAUCAACCGCCUGGUGGAGGCCGAGGUGCACCGGUUGGUGGUGGUGGACGAGAGCGACGUGGUCAAGGGCAUCAUCUCUCUCUCAGACAUCCUGCAAGCCCUGGUUCUCCCAGAGGGCUCCAAGCCCUGACGUGGUGGCGGGGGGGGGGCUCAGCCUGUCUCGGUGCCCCUGCCCUCCUCUCCUGCCCCCCCCCCCCCCCCCAGGAUCUUGGGGAAGGCUGGGGGGGUCCCCACUCACCAGCAGCAUCCAGCAAUAACCACCACCGUGGGGCUCCCCGGGCAGGGAGAGCCCCUGGCUCCCCCCUGGAGCCUCGCCGUGCGCCCUGCGCCCACGUUGGCCGUGCCGGGGGGGCGCUGGGUCAGCCCCCGGCCCCCCCAGGGGUGCUCCCCCAUGGGCACCGAGCCCAGCUGGGAAAGGGCUGCGUGGAAGCCGGGCCGGGAUCAGCCCCCUGCGGGCUGGGGCUGUUCCACAAGUGGCUCCCGGACCCUCGUCAACCCCCCCCCCACGGGGAUUUGUCCCGUUCCGUUUUAAUUGUUCCGUGUUAAUUGUCCCCACUCGGCUCCGUCCGGCCCAGGGCUGUCCCCGGGCCCCUCACUGCUGCGUCUUCACCUGCCACCGCCUCGUGUGCGGGGGGAACCCGCGAAUAAACACCGACCUGGCACCAA